UUAUUCUGAUAGGGAGGCGGGAAUCAGUCUACCCUGCAAGAACUGAAUUACUGUCGAGCUGCAAAUAAUUUCAAACUUGUAAAAAAGUCAAGGUCUUGUCUUUGCUGAGAGAAAUACACAAACUUAAGUCAAAUCUGACUUCUCUCACAUUUUCACAAAUGUGUAAUUUUUUGUUCUUUUUAAAUGUUACUUUAUGCAUUGUGUUGUAUGUGCACUGCAUUCAGCCAAGGAUUAGUUUUUGAAUUAAUGAGAUUUGUUUUCCUUUUUAAGGAGCCUCAUCAUCAGAUAUCAAAAUCCUUGGCAUCAGCAACAGAAAAUGGAGCCGAAGACCACCUGAUCAAACUAGCUAAAGACGGUACGUAUGUCGAGGCACAGGAUGUUGCAGGAACUGCUGAAAUGCUCAAGCUGGAUUUGAUUGUGGUGAAGAGCACAGAUGAUGGAUUUAUGGUAGUGAUUAAUAAGGGCAAUACCGGUACCAAGAGCGGAUGUCUCCUGCUAGGCCUCUUCGAUGAGCAUUACAUAAGCUUGAAAUCAUAUAAGGAUCGACGAGCAGCGCCACUAGCAGAGGAUGAGGAAUUUGACUCUCAAGGAUCAUAUCAGGAUCGGCCAGCAGGUGUUGAAGCUGAGCCUAUAUAUCAGGACCCAGCUCAACAAUUAGAUCCCCGCUUGUCAGUCCAACCCAAUCCCAGCAAUAAAGCCCAACCUCAGCAAUCGCUUCCCCCAGACAGCCCGUCAGUCAAACCCAAGCCCGGCAAUAAUUACCAAACUCAGCAAUCGGGUCCCAGCUCGUCUACCCGGCCCAAUCUCGACAGUGGAGCCCUUUUGCAACCUCAACAAUCGGUUCCCGGAUCACCAAUCGAACCCCCGAAUCCAGAGUUUUUCAAGUCUGUAAAGUCAUUUCAGCCCUACAAUCAAUUGGAUUCUAGCCGGCCAAAUCCACCCGAGAUAAUUAAUUCGGAGGAAGAAAUGUAGUAUCCAAACGCCACUUCAUCUGUUAUGUACAAAGCCAAUGCAGAGUCAAGAACACUUUCAAAGUAUUGCCUAACAAAAUUGGAAACGUUUCACAGUCCGAGAUUCAUGUAUUUUCAACAAUUUUGCAAUGACCAACCAUCAUUUAGAAGAUAUGAUAAAAAAGUGGUGUCAGGAUGCAACAUUCUUUUCAAUUUGGAAAGCAGAUCUGGCACUGGAAGUAGCGACCAAAGAAACUGAUCAUCGGUUUUGAGUAAUGUAUAAUUCCCUUCGUGAUCGCUUUAGUUUCCUUCUGAAUUUUAACAACCUGUAGUGUAUUCCUCCAAUGUCUGAAAACUGCCACUUUCUUAAUCAUGCAUCAUCACUGUAAUUAUGUUCCAUUACAUGUAUUCCCUCAUUUACUCUAUUCAAAGGGUACACUUGGAAAAUUAAAAAUUAACCGCCUUAAAUGACCACCUUCCAUAAUCUUUUUAAUUCAGGUGAAAUUGAACAUUGUGUGUGAAAAUUGUAAACGAAAUGUAUUUUUGUACUAUUAACUAAUGGUUAAAUUGUCUUAUUUUAUCAAAUAGAAUGUAACAUUAAGUGCCUAAUAUAUGUACAUUAUAAUAUACUCCAUACUUUUGUAUAUUUAGAAUUUAAAUUGCAAAUCUUCAGUUUUUCUCUCUUUUUUCAUCAUUAUAUUUCGUGGUUUAGAAUUGCAAUUGAUGUAUAGAUGUAGAUAUUUUUUACUUGUUAAUAGUGCCUUAAUUGUGCCUUAAUAGUGCAUUAAUUGUGUGAAAUGAUAUUUCGAAAAGCAGGUGAUAAAAAUGUGAUUAUAUCGACAUGGAUGCCAUUCUAAUAACCGCAAACAUGAUAAAUUUGCAUCUAAAUCUGAAUGUGAACGUAUUUUAGCGAGUUGAGGUGAACUACAAAUGAUUCAUUCUAAAGAAAUGUGUGGAAAGAAACUAAAUUUUACAAGUACUGAACUUUACAACUUCUUACAUAAAAUUAGAAUAUAAAUAAAAAGUAGUAUGAAUAUAAAUGAAAUAUGAAUAUUUGUGUUGUGGGCAAAAGCCAUUUCUGAUCACCGUGGGUCGGAUAUUAAGAAUAUUGUAUAAUAUUUGUUAUUUUUUUAACACAUUCUUAAAAAAAAAAUCUUGGAUUUGGUCACAAACUGUAAUGGAAACCGAGCGGUUCAACAAAAGCAAAAAAUCCACAGAUCGCUUUUAUUUUGUCUACAAAUUGCCAGGCUUGCUUUUCCUCUGUAUGGACUUUGAAAUAAGGUCAAUUCAAUUUCAAUUAUAAUCGCGCUCGAUUUGGUAUUUGCCCGCGUGUAAUAUUUAAAACAAAUACUAGUACGUGGUUUGUCAAUAUGGAAACUAGUGCCGGAAAUAGAUAAGUACUAGUCUAUGUAGAUAUAGAACUUAAAUAGGAAUGAUUAAAAUGGUCUGAACAUGUUUUUUUUCUUUCAUUAUGCCAUAUUUACAAGCCAGUACUGAAAUGUUGUACGCUAUUGUUUUCUUUUUAAGCUCAAAGGAGCAGCAAACUCUUAUAAUUGAGAUGUGUUUGUUUUGCAUAGAUUUCUUUGGUUGCCAUAUUUUUAAACUUAAACUAUAAAUUUAAACGUUGGGGAUGAGAGGGGGGGGGGACGGGGACAUGCGAGUAAUUUUGUCCCGGUCCAAAGUGUGACAUUUUCCCCUGAUCUUGUUACCGUUUUGUUUUUUGUUACUUUGUCAUUUGCCAUCUAAGUAUCAAAUUAAAAGAAUGACUGCAAACAAUUUUAUUAUUUUUAAAGUUUGCUUUGCUAAUGCUUGCUUGCUAUUCAUAAUCACUCUGGGAAGACGAUUGGAUGAAGGAGUGCAUCAGAAUAUUAAAAUAAUAGACGUCAGUAGAAUUACAGUAAUGUAGUUGUCAAGUUUGAAUAAUACAACCUCAUAAUAGCAAUGUACCUUUCUCUCGUUAUGUGUGAUGAUUAUUGAAUGUUGUUGAUUGCCAAGCGCGCGGUCAUGAAGGACUAUAAUGCAUCUAUACCUUUAAGGAGAGAUUACAUAAGGCCUGUGAAAUGGCAAAACAAUGCUGACAGCUAGAGAGGCAAGACAACCUGCUAUGACGAAAGUGUCAGAGAAAGAGUUUUAAGCCAGCAAAUCAAGUUGUACUCCUAAGGGAAAUAACAAUUGCAAUUAACAGGGACGGGAAUAAAGUGUAGAAAGACCUAUAACCACAA